CUCUUCCAGAAGAAGAACGUCAGUGUGUUGCUGAGCCUCUGCGUGCUUGCUUCCUGGGGGGUCAUCCUGCUGUCGGCUCGCCUCUACUGGAUGGGCAACAAGCCUCCCAACUUCUCCAACUCUGACAACCCGGCCGCUGACUCGCCACACUUCCUCACUCGAACCCUGACGUUCCUCCACCUGCCGGUCGCCAACGCCUGGCUGCUGCUCUGCCCCGACAGGCUAAGUUUUGAUUGGUCCAUGGACGCUGUGCCCUUGGUCAGGUCCUUGGCUGACUGGAGGAACCUUCACACUGUUGCCUUUUAUGGUGGAUUCGUCCUCCUGGGUUUGUUUGGCCUUCAGGGCCCCACCUCUAAAGCCAAGGAGACCAAUGGGAAACCCUAUGUGGCUAAUGGGAAAUCAAUCACUAAUGGGAAUGGCUGCCAUGCCCCCGACACGAACCAUAACACAGAUCAGGGGCCGCCAAAGACCACCCUGAACGGGUCAGCAGGACCCCACCAAUGCCCCCCACGGGCGACCCUCCCCCCCACACAACACCUAGUCCUGUUUUCAUUAGGCAUGCUCUCAUUGCCUUUCAUCCCCGCCACAAACCUCUUCUUUUAUGUAGGUUUUGUGAUUGCAGAGAGGGUGCUGUACAUCCCCAGUAUGGGCUUCUGUUUACUGGUUGCUGCUGGUGCACGGACAUUACACAUCAGACUGAGGACUAAAGGCUGCAGGGCCUUACUGAUGGGUCUCUGUGUGGGACUAGUCCUGCUGAACGGACUCAGGACGGUUCAGAGAAACAGGGACUGGAGCAACGAGGAGAAUCUCUACAGGUCAGGGAUCGGUGCCAACCCCGCUAAAGCCUGGGGAAACUUGGGGAACGUUCUAAAGAACCAGGGCAAGAUGGCGGAGGCGGAGAAGGCGUACAGAAACGCUUUGCACCACCGAGGGAACAUGGCUGACAUGCUGUAUAACCUUGGCUUGCUGCUGCAGGAGAACGAACGUCUUUCUGAAGCGCUGCAUUAUUACAAACUGGCCAUUGGGAGUCGGCCAACACUGGCAUCAGCCUACUUGAACACGGGGAUCAUCCUGAUGAACCAGGGCAGCCUGGAGGAGGCCAAGCGCACCUUUCUGACCUGUGCUGACAUCCCUGAUGAGAACUUAAAGGACCCCCACGCCCACAAGAGCUCCGUCACCAGCUGCCUGUACAACCUGGGAAAACUGCUCCACGAACAGGGCCAUCAGGAGGAGGCCCUGUCUAUUUAUAGGGAAGCGGUACAGAAAAUGCCCAAACAGUUUGCACCACACAGCCUUUUCAACAUGAUGGGAGAGGCAUACAUGAGGCUGAGCCGGCUGGAGGAAGCAGGCCACUGGUACAGAGAGUCCCUCAGGGUGAAGCCGGACCACAUCCCUGCCCACCUGACGUACGGCAAACUGCUGUCCAUCAUGGAAAUACAGGCCAGUCUGAAUGAGGCAGCAGAGAGACAGUACGAGCGAGCAGCAGGCCUCAGACCAGAUUACCCGGCUGCUCUGAUGAACCUCGGGGCCAUCCUCCACCUGAACGGGAAGCUUCCGGAAGCGGAGGCCAACUACCUGCGUGCUCUCCAGCUGAAACCUGAUGAUGUCAUCACCCAGUCCAACCUGCGCAAGCUGUGGAACAUCAUGGAGCGGCAGGGGCUCCGGGUCAGGGGGGGGGCCCGGGGAGCAGGGGAGAGACCUUCUAACUGAGAGCUGCUCUGUUCUCUCUGUGAUGACAGUGUGUCCUCCAGGCAUUUACAGGACAAUAUAAUGAAAGAGUUGGAGGCUAAACUCUCUACAAGACGGGAGAAACUAAUCUUUUAUGAGAUCUGACCUGUGAUCGUUGUGGAAGACAGCUUAAGGCUUGGCAUGUUUGAGAUUCAAGUGUAAAGCGCUGAAUGGUCAACAGCAGUCCUGAUUGGUGGAUCAAACCACUGAUAUUACUUACUGAUGUUAAGUCGGCAAAUAACUGCAAAGUCCAAAAGAAAACGUUUUGAGAAGGAGCGUCUCAAAAAGCAGCUGAAUAUUACUUUAAUAUGAUAAAAAAAAUCUUGCUUUUGUUUUAAAGCACUUAAUUUGAAGGAGGAUGUAGCAAACUAUUUAAAUAAUUUCCGUGGAAUGGGUUUGGAAGUGGUCAGCACUGAUGAGUGAGUGAUGCCAGCUGGUUGUGUUAAAAGUGAAAUCCAACAAUUUCAAGCAUCAAGUCUUAUUACAGGUAAUUGUGAAUACUUUCGCAUUUAUGAAAAUAAUUUGUAAAAGACUGCCGCUUCAGAGGGAGAUGUCUAAAAAAUUGCCUCAAGUGAUGUCACUUUCUGUACAAGUUUCAAAAAGGCAAAAUAAAGGAGUUGGAAACUGAUCUGUAGCCCACUCCUCAUCUCAGCCCAAUGCUAGCUGCUAAUACUCUAACACGCCUGAAUCUCUGACGAGUUGCAUUGUGGUUGAUAGGCACCGGGUUGGAAAUCGAUUUGAAACUGUGCAUCGUGAGUUUGACAACUUUAGAGCGCAAUGCUAAAUCUGUUGAGAAAUCUUGAAAAUAAUCAAACCCUGAUUGAUACCCUCAGGGUGCUCUUGCCAUAAACAUAUACCAUUCAAACAGUAAAUGCAUAACAAUAAAAGCAUGCUAACGCUAAGGCUUGUUCAGGUACCUCCCUCUAAUACAGUGCUGUAGUCACUCGCUUAAACCAAUAAAACACCAGGUUAAAAGAUGAAGCAUAGCCAAUUCCCAUUGUGUUGUCCGAGUCACUGAAGAUUGUUUGCACCUGGUGCAUUGUAGAUGCUUGUGACUGUAAACAUGUAAACAGGUCAAGAGGAAACUCCUCAGCGGUGCCAAAGCUUGAACUGAGUCUCUAUGCCUCUCGUGCCAAGCAAGAACUGAAACGUGUCGUGUUCCUCGUGUCGAUGUUUCAUUUCCUGUGAUCAAAUGAUCAGACUUAAUUUAUUAAUACAUGUUAUUUUAUGUGAAAAAGCCAACACUGUGCCGUGGCUGUCACAGUAGCCCACCCUCUCUUAUGUCCCCAUGUAGAUAGGCUACAUGACAUUUACAAUAAAACGUGUUAUUUCCCUCUGCUCAGGGACAUCAGGUUGUGGUUCCUGUCCCAGAAUGCCUCUGUGACACAGAGAGAGCUUCUUAGAAUGGUGUACAGUGUUUUUUGAUGAUUGUGAUAUUUGGUUGAAUUAUAGAACAUGUGUAGCUGGAAAUGUGUUGUGUUUUGUAAAGAAGAGUUUUCUGUAAUAAAAACAUGACUUUUGCCGUCAGCAGUGUGAUGUCCUCAGGCAGGGCCGGCAAUAGACCUUUGGGGGCCCUAAGCGAGCUUUGGCUUUGGGGCCCCCCUCACUCUAGCGCAUUCUCACUACA